GGUUACAACGGUUGUCAUCUCAAAUUUAAUCAAAUAUUUGAACAAUCGUUCUAAAUAAAGCAUUUGACCAAAUUUCUAGGUCUUAAAACGAAAUUGAAAUGGACCAGUACAUGUGAAAAGAAGUUGAUAUUUAAAAACUGAAAAUAUUACUCGGACACAUACAUACUAAGUGCGGCUGAUAUCAUUUAAUUGGAUGUACAAGUUAUUGUGUAGAAAAUCAAUGCUUAUAAAAAGCAAGAUAAUAAAAAGUUGAAAAUAAAAAUAACAACAAUAGCUUUAUGAAAUAAAUAGAAAAGGUAAAUACUGGACGAUAUCAUUUUAUUAAAGGAAUGAUUAGUAUUUGAUAUUUACAUGGAAUAUCCCGGGACAAUGAUUCAUUUAAUGCCGAGUUAUUCUGCCAUGUACCGCGGCGAAAACAGUGCAGGGUUUUACCCAGGCAACUCGUAUGUAUCAGAAAAUAUGCCAGGACAUCACUCAGAACAACUCCCAGCCGGAGCACCUCACUCUUCAUUUCUAAUUGAUGACAUUCUUGGAAAGAAAGAACGCGAACGCGAAGCUGAACGCGGUAGAAUGGAACGAGGACAUUGUGAGCAAAGCCGAGAGCUAGAAAGAACCCGUGACUUGGACAAAGAUUUUGAUCGGCGAGAAAGACUCAGAUAUCAUGACUUGGAGCUAGACACUGAGCGUCACAACAGGUAUCGUGAUUCUGAAAAAGACUCAGAAAGUAUGAGAGAACGUGAGGUUGACAGAGAUGCAGACAGGCAUACAGGUGAAUCUCGUAAACAAACUUUAAAUAAAGAUGCUGACGUAAGAGACGGUGAAAUACGCGACCGCGAAAGGGAACGUGAAUCUCUAGCUGAAAGAACUAGAAUAAGGGAAAGUGAAAGAGAAAGACUUAUUGAGCAAGACCGAGAAAUAAGGAACAGUAGAAACGCACAUUUAUUACAUGUUGCAACAACAAAAUCAUUGUCAUCUCCACCAAUAACUGCUACAUCUAUUUUGCCGUCGGAUAUCCCGCGACCGACGCCAAUAAAUCCUGCUGCAAUACAAACAAGUGCUUUAACGACGCCGACGUUAUAUAAACCUUUGCCAACAUUAUAUGAACCUAUUUUACAACAAGCAUACAUGAACCCACAUUUAUCAACUUAUCAAUCGUCUCUGAUGCGACAAAUGUGCAGCAGUAUAGGAACGCUGGGUUCACUUCCGGGCUACAACCGUCACGAAUAUCCUGCCAUCUUUGACGGCCAGUGUAGCCCAUUUUCUAAAGUUUACCACAACCGUCCAUUUUUCUGGCAUCCGUUCUUACAAAGACCUAUGCAAAAGCGUAAAGGCGGACAAGUUCGCUUCUCAAACGACCAGACAAUAGAUCUUGAGAAAAAGUUUGAGUCUCAAAAAUAUCUCUCACCACCAGAGCGAAAGCGACUUGCCAAAACACUACAGUUGACCGAAAGACAAGUUAAAACUUGGUUUCAAAAUCGACGAGCAAAAUGGAGGCGAUUAAAACAGGAAUCUCCAACUCCGGAUAAGAACGGAGAGGACCAAUCAGAAUCAUCGAGACAAAAUGACGAAUGUGACAUGGAAAAUGAAUCGUCAUCGGACGAAAACGACUGUGAUAUGAUGAAUGGCGAUGACGUCAUUGAUGUCGGACAAGAAUAAAGUUUCAUAAAUGUGAAGUGUGUUAUAUUAAAACAAAUAUGCAGCGUUUUGUGAAAAGAGAAUUGUAAGUUAAAACUUCAUAAAGUGUGAUAAACAUACUGUACUGUGUCAUGUAACAGAAAAUACAAAGCAGUGUAAGUUGAAAGUCUUCCAAACAAAUUCAUUGGAACAUUAACAUAUACUAGAACAAGGCAGAAUUUGCCAUACAGAUUGUGUUUUUUUCAUAUGCUACUGUCAUAAUAACAAUAAUUUUCAUUUAAUAAUUUUUGUCACUUUUUAUUAAAAAUGCAAUACUUGAGUCUACCGAUAGAUUGUAACUACAACAAAUAAUAUGAACAAAACUCCUACUUGUCUCUUUGUCCGAAAUACCCGUUUUUUUGCUACAUGUUCGUAGCAUAUUUUAGAUGUAUUUUAGGGAAAUUAUACAGAAUAAAAACUAUCUUGAUUUCAUUAAAGAGGAACAUACAUGUGAGGUGUAGAAAUCUAUAGUUCUUUUGAUAAAACUGCUUUAAAUGACUUUUUAUACAUUAAAAAGUCACUAAAUAUUUUAAAUUAACGCUUUAUAGCGACGCACUGAAACUUACUCAAAAUUUGUUAAAACUUGUAUUUUGUGAAUGUUGCAAAUAUACCGUACGUUGCAAAGUAUGGGAAUAAAGUGCAAAGAAAACAAUCUCAUGAAAUGUGUAAAGUGUCUAAGACGCGUUUGAAAUAAAAAAUAAAAUCUACAUUCUACCUUGGUUUUAACAAUUAUGCAGUGCCGGUUUUUUUUCUUUUGUUCCUGUUGUACAUUUUAUGUCUCUGUGAAAUUUUCGAAUAUUCAAUCGAGCUGUGCCUUAAGCACCUUUUUAUUUAUUGCCCACAAUUCCAUAGCAGUCUGUUUACUAUAAUAUAUUUUCGUAUGAUAAUGUUUUACAACCACACAACGAAUAAAGCAAUAUUAUGUAUAAUUAUUUUUGUACAAAUAAAAGUUUAAAACAUU